AAGUUCCAUGAACAACGUGCGUUGAACCGAGGAACAGAGACGCUGAUAAGUUUGAACAUUCUUAUUUUAACUGCUAUACAGCCACACGCACGGUUCAGAGCAGAGACUGGACUCCGCGGUUGAGACACGGACCGCAGGAGACAAUAUAGACCGAGCCAGACUGGAGCAGCAGCAGCAGGAGGAGGCGAAGGAUGGCUGAAGGAGGAGAAGGAGAAGAUGAGAUCCAGUUCCUGCGGACUGAUGAUGAGGUGGUUCUUCAGUGCUCAACUACCAUCCAGAAGGAACAACAGAAACUGUGUUUGGCUGCUGAAGGAUUUGGAAACAGACUCUGUUUCCUUGAGUCCAUCUCUAACUCUAAGAAUGUUCCUCCAGAUCUUUCCAUCUGUACCUUCGUCCUGGAGCAGUCUCUGUCAGUACGGGCUCUGCAGGAGAUGCUGGCCAACACUGAGGACAAGGCUGAUGGGCAUGUAGAUGUGGAGAUCUGGACGGCCCAGGGUGGAGGUCAUAGAACCUUACUGUAUGGACAUGCUGUCCUCCUGAGACACUCCUACAGUGGAAUGUACCUCUGCUGUCUGUCCACCUCACGGUCCUCCACUGACAAACUAGCCUUUGACGUUGGACUGCAGGAAGACACCACAGGCGAGGCGUGCUGGUGGACCAUCCACCCAGCAUCAAAGCAGCGUUCAGAGGGAGAGAAGGUCAGGGUCGGAGAUGAUCUCAUCCUGGUCAGCAUCUCAUCAGAGAGAUAUCUGCAUCUGUCCUAUGGUAACGGCAGCCUACAUGUGGACGCGGCCUUCCAGCAGACUCUGUGGAGCGUCGCCCCCAUCUGUUCUGGGAGUGAAGUUGCACAAGGUUUCCUGAUAGGGGGCGACGUCCUACGUCUACUUCACGGUCACAUGGACGAGUGUCUGACCGUUCCGUCUGGGGAACACGGAGACGAGCAGAGGAGGGCAGUUCACUAUGAGGGAGGAGCUGUGUCCAGUCACGCCCGGUCCCUGUGGAGACUGGAGACUCUGAGGGUGGUCUGGAGCGGGAGCCACAUCCGCUGGGGUCAACCUUUCCGACUGAGACAUGUGACCACCGGGAAAUAUCUGAGUCUGAUUGAAGACAAGUGUCUGCAGCUAAUGGACAAGGAGAAGGCAGACAUCAAGUCCACAGCCUUCUGCUUCAGGUCCUCCAAGGAGAAGUUGGACCCUGGUGUGAAGAAGGAAGUCGAUGGGAUGGGCUUCCCUGACAUCAAGUACGGAGACUCCGUGUGUUUCAUCCAACAUGUGGACACCUACCUGUGGCUGACCUAUCAGACGGCCGACGCCAAGUGUGUCCGCAUGGGCGGAGUUCAAAGAAAGGCCAUCAUGCACCACGAAGGUCACAUGGACGACGGGCUGACUCUGUCACGGUCGCAGCACGAGGAGAGUCGAACGGCCAGGGUGAUCCGCAGCACCGUCUUUCUCUUCAACCUCUUCAUCAGGGGUCUGGACACGCUGAGGAAAAAGGGAGCGGGUUCCACGUUAGAGCUGCCCAUAGAGUCAGUCAGCCUGAGUCUGCAGGACCUGAUUGGCUACUUCCAACCACCAGGGGACCACCUAGAACACGAGGACAAGCAGAACCGCCUGAGAGCACUGAAGAACCGACAGAACCUCUUUCAGGAGGAGGGCAUGAUCAGCCUGGUGCUGGAGUGCAUCGACCGUCUCCACGUCUACAGCAGCGCCGCUCACUUUGCAGAGGCCGUUGGUCGGGAGGCAGGAGAGUCCUGGAGCUCCAUCCUCAACUCCCUCUACCAACUGCUGGCGGCUCUGAUCAGAGGGAACAGGAAGAACUGUGCUCAGUUUUCUGGUUCUCUGGACUGGCUGGUCAGCAGGCUGGAGCGCCUGGAGGCGUCCUCUGGAAUCCUAGAGGUUCUUCACUGUGUUCUGGUGGAAAGUCCUGAAGCUCUGAACAUCAUCAAGGAAGGACACAUCAAGUCCAUCAUAUCUCUGCUGGACAAACACGGACGGAACCACAAGGUUCUGGAUGUUCUGUGUUCUCUGUGUGUGUGUAACGGCGUGGCUGUUCGCUCCAACCAGAACCUGAUCUGUGACAACCUGCUGCCGGGACGAGACCUGCUGCUGCAGACAAGACUGGUCAGCCAUGUUAGCAGCAUGCGUCCAAACAUCUUCCUGGGCGUCAGUGAUGGCUCCGCCCAGUACAGGAAGUGGUACUACGAGCUGAUCGUGGACCAGAUGCUGCCGUUUGUCACAGCGGAGGCCACUCACCUCAGAGUGGGCUGGGCCAACACCAGUGGGUACGCCCCCUACCCAAGCGGGGGGGAAGGAUGGGGUGGCAACGGGGUGGGUGAUGACCUUUACUCCUACGGCUUUGAUGGACUCCACCUGUGGUCAGGCUGCAUCGCCCGUAGCGUCAGCUCCCCGAAUCAGCACCUGCUGCGUUCAGAGGACGUGGUGAGCUGCUGCCUGGACCUCAGCGUGCCCAGCAUCUCCUUCAGAAUCAAUGGUCAGCCGGUCCAGGGGAUGUUUGAGAACUUCAACUCGGACGGCCUCUUCUUCCCUGUGGUCAGCUUCUCUGCUGGAGUCAAGGUUCGUUUCCUCCUGGGGGGUCGACACGGAGAGUUCAAGUUCCUUCCUCCUCCGGGUUACGCCCCCUGCUGUGAGGCUGUUCUGCCCAGAGAGAAGCUGAAACUGGAGGCUGGUCAGGACCAGACCGCUGCCAGAGACCUGCUGGGACCAACAGUGACCCUGAGCCAGGCUGCGUUCACCCCAACACCAGUGGACACCAGCCAGAUUGUGUUGCCUCCUCACCUGGAGAGGAUCAGGGAGAAACUGGCAGAAAACAUCCAUGAACUGUGGGUGAUGAACAAGAUCGAACUGGGCUGGACCUUCGGUGCUGUGCGGGACGAUAACAAGCGACAGCACCCCUGUCUGGUGGAGUUCUCUAAACUUCCUGAACAGGAGCGCAGCUACAACCUGCAGAUGUCGCUGGAGACGCUCAAGACCCUCCUGGCCUUGGGCUGCCACGUUGGUCUUGCAGACGAACACGCAGUGGAGAAAGUGAAGAGAAUGAAACUUUCAUCGACCUACCAGUUGUCCAGUGGUUAUAAACCUGCUCCUCUGGACCUGAACCACAUCAAACUGACCUCCACCCAGGAGGCCAUGGUUGACAAACUGGCUGAGAACGCACACAACGUGUGGGCCAGGGACCGCAUCCACCAGGGCUGGACCUACGGCAUCCAGCAGGACGUUAAGAACCGUAGGAACCCUCGUCUGGUGCCGUACACUCUGCUGGACGAGAGGACAAAGAAGUCCAACAAGGACAGUCUGCGAGAGGCCGUCAGGACUCUGCUGGGAUAUGGCUUUAACCUGGAGGCUCCAGACCAGGACCACGCUGCUCAGUCCGACAUCAACGGCGUGUCCACUGAGAGGUUCCGCAUCUUCAGGGCAGAGAAGACCUACAGCGUCCACUCUGGGAAGUGGUACUUUGAGCUGGAGGUGCUGACGUCAGGAGAGAUGAGAGUGGGCUGGGCCAGACCAGGAUGUCUCCCAGACCAGGAGCUGGGCUCUGAUGAUCAGGCCUUCGUCUUUGAUGGGUUCAAGGUCCAGCGCUGGCACCAGGGUAAUGAGCACUUUGGGCGGGCGUGGCAGAUGGGUGACGUCGCGGGCUGCAUGGUGGAUCUGAAUGAACACACAAUGAUGUUCACGCUGAACGGAGAAGUCCUGCUGGAUGAUUCAGGCUCCGAGCUGGCCUUCAAGGACUUUGAAGCAGGAGAAGGUUUGGUCCCAGUCUGCAGUCUGGGUGUGGGUCAGGUGGGCAGGAUGAACUUUGGCAAAGACGUCAGCACCUUGAAGUACUUCACCAUCUGUGGGCUGCAGGAGGGCUACGAGCCCUUUGCUGUCAACAUGAACAGGGACGUGACCAUGUGGCUCAGCAAGAGGCUGCCACAGUUUGUACCAGUUCCUCCAAACCACCAGCACAUAGAGGUGCUGAGGGUUGACGGGACGGUGGAGCUGUGUCCAUGCCUGAAGGUCACCCAGAGGUCAUUUGGUUCACAGAACAGUCACAACGACUUGACCUUCUACAGACUCAGCAUGCCUAUAGAGUGUGCCGAGUCCUACUCCAGGACCAGGACGAAUGGAGGACUCUUCUCACCCAAGAGGGAACUGGAGGACUUUGAAACAGUCUCAGACUUUGAGGUUCUGAUGAAGUCCCCUCAUGGACCAAACGGACCCGGGGGCCCAGAGAGGGACGAGUUCAACAACCACAAGGACUAUAACCAGGAGAAACCGUCCAAGCUCAAACAGAGGUUCACCCUGAAGAAGAACAAACCUGACAACAGCUGCGCAACAUCUGCCCGACUGUCAGAGGAAGUGAUGGGGGACGACAGAGACGACUAUGACUUCCUGUUUCAGGCCUCCACCUACUACUACUCUGUGAGGAUCUUCCCGGGCCAGGAGCCCAGCAGCGUGUGGGUCGGCUGGGUCACCUCAGACUUCCACCAGUACGACCCUGGAUUUGAACUGCACAAAGUCAGAACUGUCACUGUGACCCUGGGAGACGAGAAGGGCAAAGUUCAUGAGAGUAUAAAGCGCAGUAACUGCUACAUGGUGUGGGCUGGAGAGAACAGCAGCCCCGGACAGGGACGGAACAACAACGGUCUGGAGAUCGGGUGUUUGGUGGACACCACAAACGGACUCCUGACCUUCACUGCUAACGGCAAAGAGCUCAGCACCUACUACCAGGUUGAGCCCAGCACCAAACUGUUUCCUGCCGUCUUUGCCAAAGCCACCAGUCCAAACAUCUUCCAGUUUGAACUGGGACGAAUGAAGAAUGUGAUGCCUCUGUCAGCUGGUCUGUUCAGGAGUGAGAGGAAGAACGUCGUUCCUCAGUGUCCUCCUCGUCUUCACGUCCAGUUCUUAACUCCGGUUUUAUGGAGUCGUGUUCCAAACCACUUCCUGAAGGUGGCAGUAUCCAGAGUGAAUGACAGACAUGGCUGGUUGAUCCAGUGUAAUGAACCUCUGCAGUUCAUGUCUCUGCACAUCCCAGAGGAGAACAGGUCCAUGGACGUCCUGGAGUUGUCUGAGCGUAAAGACAUCCUGAAGUUCCACUACCACACCCUCAGACUGUACUCCGCCAUCUGUGCUCUGGGCAACAACCGCGUGGCCCACGCUCUGUGCUCGCACGUGGACGAAGCUCAGCUGCUGCAGGCCAUACAGAACAAGUACAUGCCAGGUUUGCUGCGUGCUGGCUACUACGACCUCCUGAUCGACAUCCACCUGAGCAGCUACGCCACUGCUCGCCUCAUGAUGAACAACGAGUACAUUGUUCCCAUGACGGAUGAAACCAAGAGCAUCACACUGUUUCCCCAGGAGGAGAAGAAACAUGGCCUCCCAGGCAUCGGCCUCAGCACAUCCCUAAGACCCAGAAUGCACUUCUCCUCUCCGAGUUUUGUCUCUGGCACUGGGUCGUUGUAUCGUAACAACAGUAGCAGCAGUACGGCAGGUGGAGGAGGAGGAUCUGGGGACUGUUUCCAGUACAGCCCAGAGUUUCCUCUGGAGAUCCUGAAAGUCAAAACCAUAGAGAUGCUAACAGAGGCAGUGCGGGAGGGAAGCAUGCAUGUGAGAGACCCAAUAGGGGGCAGCACAGAGUUCCUCUUUGUCCCACUCAUUAAACUUUUUUACACCAUGCUAAUUAUGGGAGUGUUCCAAAACGGAGACCUGAAGAACAUCCUGUGUCUCAUCGAGCCGUCUGUGUUCUCUGAAAGACGAGACUCACAGGACGACGGCCGGGCACAGAAGGCAGGGAAGGAGGCGCAGGCUGAAGGAGGUGAGGACGGUGGGAGGAGUUUGCUCAAAGAAGGACUACUGCAGAUGAAGCUGCCUGAGCCGGUGAAGCUGCAGAUGUGUCACGUGCUGCAGUAUUUGUGCGACUGUCAGAUCCGUCACCGUAUUGAGGCGGUCGUUGCCUUCUCCGACGACUUUGUAGCGUGUCUCCAGGAAAACCAGCGUUUCCGCUACAACGAGGUGAUGCUAGCGCUCAACAUGUCCGCGGCUCUCACUGCUAAGAAAACCAAAGAGUUCAGGUCACCCCCACAGGAGCAGAUCAACAUGCUGCUGAACUUCAAGGACGAGAAGCAGGACUGUCCAUGUCCUGAGUACAUCAGGGAACAGCUGCUGGACUUCCACGAAGACCUGAUGAGACACUGUGGUAUAGAGUUGGACGAGGACCGAGGUCUGGACAGUGACAGUGAUUUCACCAUCAGAGGGCGCCUUCUGUCCUUGGUGGAGAAAGUGUCCUACCUGAAGAAGAAGAUGGUCAACCUGCCCAACGAGAAGAAAGACAGGAAGCCCAGUACACUGCAGCAGCUGAUCUCAGACACCAUGGUCCGGUGGGCUCAGGAGUCGGUCAUAGAAGACCCAGAACUGGUCAGAGCCAUGUUUGUCCUGCUGCACCGUCAGUACGACGGCAUCGGGGGUCUGGUCCGGGCUCUUCCUAAGACCUACACCAUAAAUUCAGUGUCCAUUGAGGACACAAUCAACCUGCUGGCAGCUCUGGGUCAGAUAAGGUCUCUGCUGAGUGUUCGCAUGGGGAGAGAGGAGGAGAAACUCAUGAUCCGAGGCCUGGGGGACAUCAUGAACAACAAGGUCUUCUACCAGCACCCAAACCUGAUGAGGGCUCUGGGGAUGCAUGAGACCGUCAUGGAGGUCAUGGUCAAUGUUCUGAGUGGAGGAGACUCUAAGGAAAUCACCUUUCCAAAGAUGGUGGCUAACUGCUGCAGGUUCCUCUGUUACUUCUGUAGGAUCAGCCGGCAGAACCAGAAGGCCAUGUUCGAUCAUCUCAGUUAUCUGCUGGAGAACAGCAGCGUCGGCCUCGCCUCUCCCUCCAUGCGAGGCUCCACCCCUCUGGACGUGGCUGCAGCCUCAGUGAUGGAUAAUAAUGAGUUGGCUCUGGCUCUGAGGGAACCAGACCUGGAGAAGGUGGUCCAGUACCUGGCCGGCUGUGGUCUACAGAGCUGCGCCAUGUUGCUGCGGAAAGGUUACCCUGACAUCGGCUGGAACCCUGUGGAGGGAGAACGAUACCUGGACUUCCUACGCUUCGCCGUUUUCUGCAAUGGUGAAAGCGUAGAAGAGAACGCUAACGUUGUGGUGCGGCUGCUGAUCCGUCGCCCUGAAUGUUUCGGGCCUGCCCUCCGAGGUGAAGGUGGUGACGGUCUGCUGGCAGCCGUGGAGGAGGCCAUCAGGAUCUCAGAAGAUCCGAGCAGAGAUGGUCCUUCUCCAACAACAGAGAGCAGCAAAUCCCUCAGUGACAUACUGGAGGAUGAGGAGGACGACACCAUCCACAUGGGAAACGCCAUCAUGACUUUCUAUGCUGCUCUGAUUGACCUGUUGGGGCGCUGUGCUCCAGAGAUGCACCUCAUCCAUGCAGGUAAAGGAGAAGCGAUCCGGAUCAGAGCCAUCCUCAGGUCCCUCAUCCCCAUCCAGGACCUGGUGGGAGUCAUCAGUAUUCCGUUCUCCAUGCCCAGUCUGGGUAAAGAUGGGAUGGUGGUGGAGCCUGACAUGUCUGCUGGCUUCUGUCCGGACCACAAAGCAGCCAUGGUUCUGUUCCUGGACCGGGUCUACGGCAUCGAGGACCAGAACUUCCUGCUGCAUCUGCUGGAAGUGGGAUUCCUGCCAGACCUGAGAGCAGCGGCCUCGCUGGACACUGUUGCCCUCAGUGCCACAGACAUGGCUCUGGCUCUGAACAGAUACCUGUGCACGGCCGUCCUCCCCCUCCUCACCAAGUGCGCUCCCCUCUUUGCUGGCACCGAGCCGUUCGCCUCCCUCAUCGACUCCCUGCUCCACACCGUCUACCGUCUGUCCAAAGGCUGCUGUCUGACCAAAGCUCAGAGAGAUGCCAUCGAGGAGUGUCUGCUGGCCGUCUGCGGGAAGCUGAGGCCGUCCAUGAUGCAGCAUCUCCUCAGGAGGUUGGUGUUUGAUGUUCCUCUGCUCAACGAGCACACCAAGAUGCCUCUGAAGCUGCUGACCAAUCACUACGAGCGUUGCUGGAAGUACUACUGUCUGGUUGGAGGCUGGGGAAACUUUGGAGCAGCUUCAGAUGAAGAGCUUCAUCUCUCCAGGAAACUCUUCUGGGGAAUAUUUGAUGCCCUGUCGCACAAGCGUUACGACCAGGAGCUGUUCAAGUUGGCGUUGCCCUGUCUGAGCGCCGUGGCUGGAGCUCUGCCCCCAGACUACAUGGAGUCCAACUACAUGGCCAUGAUGGAGAAACAGUCGUCCAUGGACUCAGAGGGAAACUUCACACCGCAGCCUGCAGACACCACCAAUGUGACUGUUCCAGAGAAGCUGGACUACAUCAUCAGCAGAUACUCAGAACACAACCAUGAGAAGUGGUGCAUAGAAAAGUUUUCCAGCGGCUGGACAUUCGCUGAUCAACAGUGUGACGUCAACAGGACACACCCUCUGCUGAAACCAUACAAAGGCCUGAGUGAGAAGGAUAAGGAGUCGUACUGUGGGUCGGUCAGAGAGUCCCUGAAGACCAUGCUGUCCUGGGGCUGGAGCAUUGACCGGAUCAGGGAGGGAGAUCCAGCCAGUCUCCACAACAAGUCCAGGAGGAUCUCACAGGCUAGUCAGCUGUCCUUUGAAGGAACUUCAGCCUUUAGUCCUAGACCCAUCGACAUGAGCAACGUGACUCUGUCCAGAGACAUGCAGUCCAUGGCAGAACUGUUGGCAGAGAAUUAUCACAACAUCUGGGCCAGGAAGAAGAAGACAGAGCUGGAGGCUAAAGGUGGAGGAAACCAUCCUCUCCUGGUUCCCUACGACACACUGACGGCCAAAGAGAAAUCCAGAGACAGAGAAAGAGCUCAAGACAUUUUCAAGUUCCUGCAGAUCAACGGUUACACCGUGUCCAGAGGUGUGAAGUCCCAGGAGCUGGACACUCCAGCCAUAGAGAAGAGAUUCGCCUACACCUUCCUCCAGCAGCUCAUCACAUACGUGGACCAGGCUCAUCAGCACAUGAUGGAGUUUGAUGCAGGAGUGAGACUGAAGGGGGAGACAAUUCCUCACGAGCAGCAGAUCAAGUUCUUUGGAAAGGUGGUUUUACCUCUAGUGGACCAGUACUUUAAAAACCACCGGCUCUACUUCCUGUCCACGGCCAUUCACCCAAUCAGCAGCGGUGGCCACGCCUCCAAUAAAGAGAAAGAGAUGGUGACCAGUCUUUUCUGCAAACUGGGAGUUCUGGUCAGACACAGGAUUUCCUUGUUUGGUAACAACGCCACGUCCAUCGUCAACUGUCUUCAGAUCCUGGGACAGAGUCUAGACGCCAGGACAGUGAUGAAAACUGGUCUUGAGUCAGUGAAGGUGGCGCUGCGGUCCUUCUUUGACAGUGCAGCAGAAGAUCUAGAGAAGACGCAGGAGAACCUGAAGCUGGGUCAGUUCACCCACAGCAGAGAUCAGCCCAGGGGGGUCACUCAGAUCAUCAACUACACCACCUUCGCCCUGCUGCCGGUUCUGUCCUCGCUCUUUGAACACAUCGGACAGAACAUGUUUGGAGAAGACCUGAUACUGGACGACGUCCAGGUCUCCUGUUACAGAAUCCUCAACAGUCUGUACCUGCUGGGAACCAACAAGAGCAUCUACGUGGAGAGACAGCGGCCGGCAUUGGGACAGUGUCUCGCUGCCUUCUCAGCAGCGUUCCCUGUGGCCUUCCUAGAACCUCACAUCAACAAGUUCAACAGCUUCUCCAUCUACAACAGCAGAGGAACCAAAGACAGAGGAGCUCUCGGUCUGCCGGGACACGUUGACGAUGUCUGCGCCGUGAUCCCAAACCUGGACAAGUCUUUGGAGGAGAUCAUGGACUUGGCAGAGUCCGGCAUGAGAUACAACCAGAUGCCUCACGUCAUGGAGGUGGUGCUGCCCAUGUUGUGCAGCUACAUGUCCCACUGGUGGGAACAUGGACCAGAGAACCACAUGGACCAGGCUGACAGCUGCUGCACUGCUGUCACCUCAGAGUACAUGAACACUCUGCUGGGAAACAUCCUGAAGAUCAUCUACAACAACCUGGGCAUCGACGAGGGAGCCUGGAUGAAGAGACUGGCUGUCUUCUCUCAGCCAAUCAUCAGCAAGGCUAAGCCUGAGCUACUGAAGACUCAUUUCCUGCCUCUGAUGGAGAAACUGAAAAAAAAAGCAGCCAUUGUUCUGAUGGAUGAAGAGCACAGUAAAGCUGAGGGGCGGGGUGAGAUGUCAGAGACAGAGCUUCUCAUCAUGGACCAGUUCACCAUCCUGGUCAGAGACCUGUACGCCUUCUAUCCGCUCCUCAUACGCUUCGUGGACUACAACAGGGCCCGCUGGCUGAAGGAGUCCAACCCUGGGGCUGAGGCACUGUUCCGAAUGGUGGCUGAGGUUUUCAUCUUCUGGGCCAAGUCUCAUAACUUCAAGAGGGAGGAGCAGAACUUUGUGGUUCAGAAUGAAAUCAACAACAUGUCCUUCCUCAUCACUGACACCAAGUGUAAGAUGUCCAAGGGAAUCGUUUCAGAUCAGGAGAGGAAGAAGAUGAAGAGGAAGGGAGAUCGCUACUCCAUGCAGACCAGUCUGAUCGUAGCCACUCUGAAGCGCCUCCUGCCUGUCGGACUGAACAUGUGCGCUCCUGGAGAGCAGGAACUGAUCACACUGGCCAAGAACCGAUUUACACAGAAAGACACAGAGGACGAAGUCAGAGACAUCGUCAAGAACAACCUGCACCUGCAGGGGAAGUUGGAGGAUCCCGCCAUUCGCUGGCAGAUGGCGCUGUACAGAGACCUGCCCAACCACUGUGAAAACAACCCCGACCCAGAGAAGACGGUGGAGAGAGUUCUGGACAUCGCUCAUGUCCUCUUCCACCUGGAGCAGGUAGAACAUCCUCAGCGAAGUAAAAAAGCUGUGUGGCACAAACUUCUGUCCAAACAAAGGAAGAGAGCAGUGGUGGCCUGCUUCAGGAUGGCACCGCUCUAUAAUCUGCCCAGGCACCGGGCUGUGAACCUGUUCCUGCAGGGCUACGACAAAUCCUGGAUCGAGGCUGAGGAGCACUACUUUGAAGACAAACUGAUCGAGGACCUGGCCAAACCCGGAGAAGAGGAGCAGUGUGAGGAGGAGGAGGCGCUGAAGCACAUGGACCCUCUGCACCAGCUGAUCCAGCUGCUCAGCAGGACGGCCCUGACUGAGAAGUGUAAACUGGAUGAGGAUAAUCUGUACAUGGCCUAUGCUGACAUCAUGGCUAAGAGCUGCCACGACGAAGAAGAUGAAGAUGGAGAAGUUAAGAGUUUUGAGGAGAAGGAGAUGGAGAAGCAGAAGCUGUUGUACCAGCAGGCUCGACUUCAUGAUCGUGGAGCUGCUGAGAUGGUUCUCCAGACCAUCAGUGCCAGCAAAGGUGAAAUGGGUCUGAUGGUGGCCUCCACCCUGAAGCUGGGCAUCGCCAUCCUGAACGGAGGAAACUCCACCGUACAGCAGAAAAUGUUGGAUUAUCUGAAGAACAAGAAGGACGUGGGCUUCUUCCAGAGUCUGGCCGGUCUCAUGCAGUCCUGCAGUGUCCUGGAUCUAAAUGCCUUUGAGAGACAGAACAAAGCUGAAGGACUGGGGAUGGUGACGGAGGAGGGAUCAGUCAUCAGUCAUGAGCGUGGUGAGAAGGUCAUGCAGGACGACGAGUUCACCUGUGACCUUUUCCGCUUCCUGCAGCUGCUGUGUGAAGGACACAACUCAGACUUCCAGAACUACCUACGGACCCAGACAGGAAACAACACCACUGUGAACAUCAUCAUCUCCACUGUUGACUACCUGCUGAGAGUCCAGGAGUCCAUCAGUGACUUCUACUGGUACUACUCUGGUAAAGAUGUCAUCGACGAACAGGGACAGAGGAACUUCUCCAAGGCCAUCAAUGUGGCCAAGCAGGUGUUCAACACCCUGACGGAGUACAUCCAGGGCCCCUGCACUGGGAACCAGCAGAGUCUGGCUCACAGUCGUCUGUGGGACGCUGUGGUGGGGUUUCUCCACGUCUUCGCUCACAUGCAGAUGAAGCUGUCCCAGGACUCCAGUCAGAUCGAGUUGUUGAAGGAACUGAUGGACCUGCAGAAGGACAUGGUGGUCAUGCUGCUGUCCAUGCUGGAGGGUAACGUGGUGAACGGAACCAUUGGAAAGCAGAUGGUUGACAUGUUGGUGGAGUCGUCCAACAACGUGGAGAUGAUCCUCAAGUUCUUUGACAUGUUCCUUAAACUGAAGGACCUGACAUCGUCUGAUGCCUUCAAGGAGUACGACACUGAUGGGAAAGGCGUCAUCUCCAAGAGGGACUUCCACAAAGCCAUGGAGAGCCACAAACACUACACCCAGUCAGAGACGGAGUUCCUGCUGUCCUGCGCUGAGACGGACGAGAACGAACAGUUGGACUAUGAAGAGUUUGUGGAACGUUUUCAUGAACCAGCCAAGGACAUCGGCUUCAACGUGGCCGUUCUCCUCACCAACCUGUCGGAGCACAUGCCCCACGACACUCGUCUGCAGACCUUCUUGGAGUUGGCUGAGAGCGUCCUGAACUACUUCCAGCCGUACCUGGGCCGCAUCGAGAUUAUGGGCAGCGCCAAGCGCAUCGAGAGGGUCUACUUUGAGAUCAGUGAGUCCAGCCGGACUCAGUGGGAGAAACCGCAGGUGAAGGAGUCCAAGCGACAGUUCAUCUUUGAUGUGGUGAACGAAGGCGGUGAGAAGGAGAAGAUGGAGCUGUUCGUCAACUUCUGUGAGGACACCAUCUUUGAAAUGCAGCUGGCCGCUCAGAUGUCCGAUGCUGGAGAACGAUCGGCUGUGAAGGAGGAGAAUGAGAAGGAGAAGCCGGAUGAGGAGAACCCAGACAUCGGCUUCUUCUCCGUCACCACGGUCUGCAUGGCGCUGGUGGCUCUGCGCUACAACGUCAUGCUGUUGAUAAAAGUUCUGUCCAUGAAGAGCCUGAAGAAGCAGAUGAAGAAGAUAAAGAACAUGACAGUGAAGGACCUGGUCACCACCCUGGUCUCCUUGUACUGGUCCAUCCUACUGGGUCUCCUCCAUGUCGCCUUCAGUGUGGCCAGAGGGUUCUGUCGAAUCUUCUACAACACCUUCAUGGGUGGUAACCUGGUGGAAGGAGCCAAGACCAUAAAGGUGUCAGAGCUCCUGGCCAACAUGCCCGACCCCACCCAGGACGAGGUUCGAGGAGAAGGUGAGGACAGAGAGAGGAGACCCUCAGACCGCAGCUCCACCAAGGAGGACCUGGCCGACCUGGUCGUGAACCCCAGUGAGACGGAGCUGCUGUCCGACAUAUUUGGUCUGGACCUGAGGAGGGAGGGGGGCCAGUACAAGAUCAGCCCUCACAACCCCAACGCAAGUCUGACGGAGCUGCUCAACUCACCUGUUCCUGCUCAGACCUCAGCAACAACAGCGCCCCCCACUGAGCUCAGACGGAGGCAUCAGUCCAAAGGUUCAGAGGAGAAGGAAGUAGCGCUGGAAUCUGAAGGAGAACCAGAGAAACCAUCAGGGGAGGGGGUCGUGGAGGAGCCAGGGAAACUACAGAAGAACGACAAGAUGAAGCCCAAAGUGAGAAGACAUCGAAAGUCCAGGUCUGAUGAACCAGAUCUUCAGGAGUCGGCCUUUAUCAAGAAGAUCAUAGCCUAUCAGAGGAAACUGCUGAACUAUUUUGCCAGGAACUUCUACAACAUGAGGAUGUUGGCUCUGUUCGUGGCCUUCGCCAUCAACUUCAUCCUCUUAUUCUACAAGGUCUCUACGUCCUCCUCUGUGGUCGAGGACAAGGGUCCUGUGUACGCCAACACCCCUUCUGACGGUGGUGUUCGGUGGAACUCACUGGGCGGAGGAGGUGAAGUGGUGGAGACGAAGGAGGAGGUUCUGGAGGAGACAGGAGAACCACAGAAACCUGUUACGGUGCGUUUUGUCCUGGAGGAGAGCAGUGGAUACAUGGAGCCCACGCUCCGCAUCCUGGCCGUCCUUCACACCGUCAUCGCCUUCUUCUGCAUCAUCGGCUACUACUGUCUGAAGGUUCCUCUGGUGAUCUUUAAGAGGGAGAAGGAAGUGGCCAGGAAGCUGGAGUUUGAUGGACUGUACAUCACAGAGCAGCCCUCAGAAGAUGACAUCAAAGGACAGUGGGACAGACUGGUCAUCAACACACAGUCGUUUCCAAACAACUACUGGGACAAGUUUGUGAAGAGGAAGGUGAUGGACAAAUACGGAGAAUUUUAUGGACACGACCGAAUCAGCGAGCUCCUGGGGAUGGACAAGGCCGCUCUGGACUUCAGUGACGCUCACAAGAAGAGGAAGCCCAGGAGAGACGGCUCCCUGGCUGCUGUUUUAAACUCCAUCGACGUUAAAUACCAGAUCUGGAAGCUGGGGGUGGUCUUCACAGACAACUCCUUCCUGUAUCUGGCCUGGUACAUGACCAUGUCCAUCCUGGGUCACUACAACAACUUCUUCUUCGCUGCUCACCUGCUGGACAUCGCCAUGGGCUUCAAGACGCUGCGGACCAUCCUGUCGUCGGUCACACACAACGGCAAACAGCUGGUGUUGACCGUGGGCCUGCUGGCCGUGGUGGUUUACCUCUACACGGUGGUGGCCUUUAACUUCUUCAGGAAGUUCUACAACAAGAGUGAAGAUGGAGAGCUGCCGGACAUGAAGUGUGACGACAUGCUGACGUGCUACAUGUUCCACAUGUACGUUGGCGUCAGAGCGGGUGGGGGCAUUGGGGACCAGAUUGAGGACCCGGCGGGGGACGAGUACGAGAUCUACCGCAUCAUCUUUGACAUCACCUUCUUCUUUUUCGUCAUUGUAAUCCUGCUGGCCAUCAUCCAAGGUUUGAUUAUUGAUGCCUUUGGAGAACUGAGGGACCAGCAGGAACAAGUCAAAGAAGACAUGGAGACCAAAUGUUUCAUCUGUGGAAUCGGUAACGACUACUUUGACACGGUGCCUCACGGCUUUGAAACGCACACGUUACAGGAGCACAACUUAGCUAACUACCUAUUCUUUGUGAUGUAUCUGAUCAACAAAGAUGAAACCGAGCACACAGGACAGGAGUCCUAUGUUUGGAAGAUGUACCAGGAACGUUGUUGGGAAUUCUUCCCUGCUGGAGACUGUUUCCGGAAACAGUAUGAGGAUCAGCUGAACUGAGCUGUUCUGACAGGAGCAGGCUCUUCACAUGGGCUUUAGGUGACUGUAGGGGGCGCUCUCACCUUCCAUGUCCCUCACACCAUCCAUACUGCUGCUCUCCAGGACUUCUCCGCUCCAUCCAACCACAGGUUCUUCAGUCUGUGCAGGAAAUCCCAGCUCUUCCUCAUCCAGAGGCUCAGCUGCAGCACACUGUUUGGAAUGGUCACAGAAACGUAGAACAUAGACUUUUUAUUUUUGUUUCUUUCACAAUCAAGCAAAAAUACCACCACAGAAAAUGGAAGACGAAGCUGGGACACUUCCUGAAAGACGUUCUGGACGGGAAUGAAGUGAAAGAGAGACUCAGAAGAACGUCUAAGGUUCUUCUGAGGUGUACACUGCACGUUGCAUGAGUAAGUACAGGAAGUGUCUCUGAGACAGUCUGAGCUUUUUGAAAGUUUAGGUUUGGGAGACGGGAGGUGUCUGAAGGGCUCUCCAAGGAAAGGCUUUUACUUUGAAAGGAGCAUCAUCAACAUGUUCCCAUGUUCCUGUUGAGCAGAAGAACUCAGUGUCUCUGUUCCUCCAUCAGACCAUCACCCAGCACUUUGUGUUACUUGGCCUGGUCCUGACCUGGUCCUGGCCUGGUACUGACCUGGUACUGACCUGGUCCUGACCUGGUACUGACCUGUUACUGACCUGGUACUGACCUGGUACUGACCCUCCUGGUCAGAGAUGUUGCAGCAGGACAUGGUGGUUCCAUGUGUGCAUUUGUAGAGAAGAAGCAAUACUGAACCUGUUCUCACACUGUGUUUCCACCCAGUACUGUAGUACCAGGAAGUUGCAAGUACGCCUACCGAGAACCUUUUGACCUAUGCUUUAUCAUUUCUUUUAAGGCAGUGGUUCUCUAAAUAUUUACACCUUAAACCCCGCCCCCAAUAUCUGUCUCCACCACUAGAACUUUCCAGACCUACACUAUUCAGACCAGUCGAAGGAGAAGAAGAGACGUUAUUACUACGAGUAUUAGACUAUUUACUGCUCAUUGAAGUAGUACUACCACUAGUACUUCGAUUUAUUCUAAAACCACACACAAAGUGAGUAAGAAUAUACUCCAGCUGUAAUCAGUACCUCCAGGAGUACACAAACCACAUCUUGAGAACCACUGCCCUAAGGAAGCUUACCUGUCAUCCAUCCAUCAGUACCAGUCCACACAGGAGCAGCACACCACUGGGAUUCAAACCGGCAGCCGUCCUGUUACAAGACCUGUCCUCCAACCACUAGGACACAAGCUGCCUCGAGACUGUAGACCCCCGGUGGUGAGCCUGGGGAAAUUCAUCUGUGUUGAAUAGUUCCAGAUUAAAUUCUUCUGUGUUUUCCCAGCAUUCCCAGGUCAGAGCGUGGAAACCUAAUCCUAGUUCAACAGUUCCUGGAACUUUUUGGCAUUGAACAGUUCUGGUAGAACCAUGUCUUGGUUAGUGCUGCAGCACCGCAUACAGUUCCUGGUACUGAGGAUUGAUGAUGAAGAUGAAGAUCAUGGAGACGAGAGGAAAUGGUGCCUUACUGAGCCAGGUGUCGCACACAUACAGCUAACAUGCUAACAGCUAAUGCUAAUGAGCCACGGGUCCAGACCAGUGUUUCGUCUGUGGUGAGGCUGGUACAGUACAGAACGGUUAGGUACGGGUGAGGACACGACGUUAGCCAGAAGUUAGACUGUUCCAACUGGGCACAAAUGAAUGAAAAAAGGCAAAAAUGUAACAUAAAUAUUUUCAGUUUAAAACCGACCUUAUUGGUCCAUCACGCUACACAUCUGACUGUAAGGUCACAGUUUGACCAACAGGAAGUACACCCACUCUCAUCCAAGUAUUUACACCUUUACAAAAGUACUCGUGACGUGGUGUGACAUGGACCUUCAAAAAAGUUUGGACCUCAGACACAGGUCAGAAAAAUGCACAAGUGAAUCUAAAUAAUUUUAGAAUAAUUAUUAUAAAGAAUAAUAAUUGUUACUCAAUGCUGGUUUAAUUCUGUUUCCUGUUGUUUUACCACAAACAGGAAGUGUGUGUCUGUGUGUGUUUACAUCCAACAAACUGUUGCACAAACUGUCUUCAUUAUCUUAUGCAAUAUUUGUUUUCUCUUUAUAUGAGAAAAAAAAAUCUGAAAAUAUAAACACAGCAUGAUGAGGACGCAGGACGACAAAGUUAAAGUCUGAAUCUGUGACCUUUAACCCAGUGAUCAGUUCUAACCCAGUGAAUUUAACAGGAAAUGUGAUUUGAUGUUGUGUUUCAGUGAUGUUUGCCUCCUUCAUCCGACAACCACUCAUUCUUUCUGUUGGACUAGGAAAAGCCGCCUCUGGCCGACACACACUGAGGUAGUUACUGGUUUUACUAGUUUUUUUUUAAAUUUAAGCUACAGUAUUAACCCAAACAGAUUUGACUUUAAAGGACGGCCUCUUACAUUCAGUGUAGUUUUGUCUCUUUUGUUUAACAGAAACACAUGAAUAUCAUGACUAUUCAAAUCUAACCCAAGAGUCAAUAGGUUUGUUAACAACAACGACGUUUUAAACACAAUUUUCUCAUUUGUACAGCGAACCAUGAACUUAUACUGGGCACACGUGCACUCACUGCUAAAUGCUAAAAUAGAUGCUACAUUAGCUUUAUUACAGUUUGUUUUCAUUACAGUACUACUUUGUUACAGCUGUACUGGUUUUAGUCAUUGCUAGCACAGUUAGCUUCUACACAUGCUGCUCCAGCAGCUGGUGUUAUUACCACUGUUACAGCGACUACUCUGGUACAGAGUUUGUUUAUUAUCACGACAGUAUAAUCCUCAUUAGCUGAUAGCAGCCAUGGACAUCACAGACUGCACCUUUUACACGUUUAACUGCCGCAUGGCGCAUACCACAGGGUGGUACCACACAGUAGUUGGCAACUACAACUAAGUACACUAGUUAUUCUAGCAGAUAGCUGCUGUGGACAUUGUUAGCUACCAGUGUAGCUAUGUCAAAGACACAUUGAACAUCGUUAUCAUGCAGCCAACUGUAGGUACUUAACUAACACACUGACACAGCAGCAACAAGCUAGAACAGCAAGAACUGUUUAGAACAGUUCUGGAUGACACCAGUAGGGUGCCAUCUGGCUAAAUAGCCACUAGCUAAAUAGCCGCUAGCAACAAAAGCUAUUUUGGUGGGGUAUUUUUAUAUUUGUUGCUAAUUUUGAAUAUUUCUAAAGCAUGUGGCUGUGACAGCUGCUCAGUCAAGCUGCUCAGUUAAGAAACUUGUGAUGUCAAACACAGAUGCUAAAGUGUGUUGCAGCUAAUGUAGACGGAGCCUGAAUUGAGACACGACUCCGUCCAAUACGUUGAAGAGUAGAAUAUUUUUAAUCUUUGAAAUAUUCCACCCGACUGCACUCCAGCACUGACCCACGCCCAGAUUCAACUGACCGUCUCCUGACCUGACCGUGAAUCCUAAUUUCAGUCUAAGAUUUAGAAUCGCAAUAAUUGCGAUACUUGGCUUAAAAACCACCAGCCGCUAAUGCUAAAGCUAAUUGUGCUAAAGGUGAAGUGCAGUCUGCAGCAUAAUUUUGGUAACAAAUAUGCACUUGGAGAAUUAACCAGCUGGAUCUAUUUUUUUUACAUCACAUUGCAGUUUUCCCUUGUCUACAUCUCCACGACUUCGUCUUUGUGCCAACGUAGUACGUUAACCUUGCGUGGCAAAAAUCAGUGUCUUCCGUGUUUUCAUAAACCAUCCCAUCACGCUGUUUAGUGCAAGUUCUCUACGUGUUUUUUCCUAAACCUUUAAAGAAAUCUAUUGGACAUUGAGUGACAAUUACUCCCUUUAGUGGCCAUAAUUGGAAACGGACGUGUUUACGCAGAUUGCACCUUUAACUUGAGGUGAUAACAGGAAGUGUUUUUUUCUAUGUGUUGUGCUGACGACUGCACAUGUUCCAACAUCAGAGGCUAACGGAUGUUGUCAUGUACAUAGCAUUGCCUCAUGAUAAAAUGUUAUGCCAACGUUUUUUUUUAAUUGCGAUAUCGUGUACAAAUAAAUAAAUAUUUUCCAUAUUUACCACUGGGGGGAGGGGCAUGCAACUUCUGAAAUGUGAAUGUGUAAAGAUGGGGCGGAGUCUGUGAGCCAUGAAUGGAAUUUGCAUGGUUUUGAAAUAAAAGUUUAUUAAAAAUGUUA